CAGCCCCGGCCCGUGUAUACCAGGAAGUGUCGCGACCACUCGAUCUGGAAAUAAGAUCAAUUUUAAAUAGUAAUUAAAUUAAAUAGGAAUUGCGAUAAACAUCAAAUUAUUCUGAUAAAAUGACAAGCAGUGUUGUAUUUGUAGAGGAACCCUCCUCGCACCUGUUGUGCCCAGUUUGUAAGAAUCUGUUUAUGGAGCCGAUGAUUAGUGUGGAAUGUGGUCAUACGUUUUGCAAAGCUUGCCUUCAGAUUAAAGACAACGGGGAAGGAAUCGCAAGUCUCGGGGAGUGUCCCGUGGACUCGAAACCGCUGAAAGGAACCCGCUCAGUGCCAAAUAAAUCCAUUGAAUCCCAAAUUGAUGAACUCCAGAUCUUCUGCAAAUGUGGCAUAAAGAGAUUGAAUUCCAGGAAUGAUGUGAUAGAAGAUGAGACAGGAUGCCCUGAAAUCAUUCCCCUAGCAUCUCAAACCAGCCAUGAAGAGGAAUGUAUCUUUGUCAAAGUGGUCUGUCCAAACAGCACUCUCUGUGGAAAAAUUCCUAGGAAGGAGCUCCAGGCUCACCUCCAAGAGUGUCCAAACUUCUCUUGUGAUUUCCAAGAAAGAGGAUGUACAUUCAAAGGAACUAAAGAGGCAGUUCAAGAUCAUAUUAUAUCAUGCACCUGUCGGUUGACAAGUGAAAGCAUUCCAUCUAUUGUUUUAGAGUUACAAAAGGAGAAUAUUGAGCUGAAGACACAAGUAGAGGCUUUAAACCAUAAGCUUGCAGUCGUAGAACAGUCACACGAGAGCCUCUUGACCCAUAUAAAGAAACUUGAAAUUCAGAUGCAAUCAGUAAAUGAGAAGCUGAAUGAUAGCAAUGGUUUGAAAUCCUCUCAACCAUUUGGGUAUGAUAGUUUCCCUCCAUCCAGGACUCCAUCUCAGAAAACAUUAAGAGUUAGUAGGAGUGGCAGUACUGGAAGCAUAUCAAGUCUUCGAAACUCUAUGGAACUUAUAUUCCCCCCUAGUGCUCGGUCAGACUCUUGGCAGAUUCCAUUUGAGUUCAAAUGUAUCGGAACUCUAAUGGGCCAUAGUAAUGCUAUAAACUGCAUUGCAAUCCAUGGUCAUAAGGUGUACAGUAGUGGAGGUGACUUUCACAUUAAAGUGUGGAAUAUUGAAAAGCUUAGCAAAGGAUGCAUCCAAACAAUGCAGGGACAUACAGACACAGUACAAGUAUUGGUAGCUUCUUCUGACUUCCUCUAUAGUGCUGGAGAUGAUAGAUCUAUUCGGAUGUGGAGAUACGACACAGCAGGCACAGAAUACAAAUGUCGAAGUGAUGCUCAUGCCAAGUCUAUUAGUGCUAUGAUAAAGGUUGGAGUUCAUAUCUUCACAUCUUCACAUUCAUCUAUCAAGGUAUGGACAUCUGAGUCUUUGGAUCUAAUUCAUACCAUCUCAGGACUACAUCAUUGGGUUAGAGCACUGGCUGUCGAUUCUAAAAUGGAGAGACUAUAUAGUGGGUCGCACAAUUCUUUGAGUGUCUGGGACACCAAGCCACCAUUUGCUUUGAAGAGAAAGUUAGAUCAUACCUAUGGAUCCAUAUACUCCAUAGCAAUCACACAUCAGUACAUCCUCCUUGGUACUUACAACCAAAAUGUUAAGGUUAUUGAAGUUGGUACAUUCACUCUCAAGUCAUCAUUGAGUGGUCAUAUAGGGACCGUUAGUGCCAUACAGUCCAGUCCAGAUGGCGGAUUUGCUAUAACAAGCUGCUAUGAUGGAAAGACAAGGAUCUUCAAUUUGGAGAAUUUCCUGAGUUUACAGGUUCUGUCCCGUCAUCAGGGUAGUAUCAAUGCUAUUGCUCUACGUAAUGGUCUACUCUUUACAGGAUCGGAAGAUAAAGAUAUUAAGAUUUUCAAGUACUUCAAAGCAGUCACAUACAGUAGCUAUGGCAUUCAUAUUACACCUGGGAAAGAUACAUGAUCAAGUAUAACUAUGUCAUUCACCUGUGGGAAUGACAUCAUAAGAUGAAAGGACUGGAUCAGAUGCAUAAAAAGGCUUUAAACCUCUUCUUGUGUUUCGAAAGCAAUUACUAGCGAUUUGAACAAUAGUGACAUCAUGCUGGUUCAAACACAACUCACAUAACAAAGGUGGGGCUCCUUUCCAAAGGGUUUCCUGACAUGCCAGUGCAAAAAUAUACAGUUUCUCUCAUGUAACAUUUUUUCUCUUAGACAUGAUGUCCAGCAAUGCUAUAAUUUUAUUUUUAAAUAUUUUAUAAUUAAAGUGGUACUCUGGGCUGAAAAUAAUUGUGUAUGAUUAGUAGACUAAAAUUGAAUUGCCAUCAUAACUUUAAAAGUUUAGGGAUCUCUUUCAUGAAAUGUGGAUAUUAGGGUAAUCAGGUCUCACUGAUUGUCUCGCACGAUUCUUAGGUCACAUGAUCAGGGAUAAAGGUCAUUUAGGGUCAAUAAACAUU